ACGUCAGUUUGAUCGCCUUCGACUGUACAAUGUGCGCAUGCCUUCCGUUGGACGACCACAUGUUGUCGGCGUUCAAGGUCGCCAUCGUCGUAGCUUGUCGCCGUUCGCAGUGGUGGCGUCCACGUUUCUUCACGGAGGCGGGAUAUCGUCGUUCCGCGUGGCGGUGUUUGCGGAGUUUUGGCGGUUGACGUGGGUUCCGGUGUCGUCGAUGGAAGAGGCGUUCGGGAUGGUUAUUGACGACGUUGUCAGGGGUCGUGCUUUAACGACAGAUGAGAGGACGACUAUCGCUGCGGCAGUGAAUGUCGUCCUCUAUCGUUGUGAAGUGGAGAGAACCGCGGGGAGGAUCAAAGCAGCUGCUCGCGCACGACGGAAGGUGACGGCACUGGCGAGCAGCGGUAAAGGCUUGGACCUGGGAGCACUUUCGGACGCCGUCCUCCAGGUGUGCUACGCGUUGGGGUGCGGCGCCUUUCCGAGGGCGACUCCAAGAUGGUGGAUGAAGCGGCGGACGGGMGGAACAUGGGAGGACCUGYGCCAAAGCGACGACRCCACCRACGACUACUUCAGAGACAAGCUCCRAAUGUCRCCACGUGUCUUCCGCGAAAUCGCGGAAACKCUUUCUCCAUACCUGCAACGGCGUGUGACGUUUUACAGAGUGCCUUUGCAGCCGGAUCACAUCGUGGCGUACGCUCUCUAUAGGUGGGCGUCGGGUGAGACCUACGACAGCGGAACGUGCAGCUUCGGCAUCGAGAGGGCUUCUGGCAUCACGGCGGUCCGAGACGUUACCGCUGCCUUGCUUGCUGCGUACCCGGACAAGAUUUUGUGGCCCACUGGCUUGCAGAAGGCGGUCGUGUUGCGCGCGUUUGCAGACAAGGGAUUUCCAAAUUGCCAUGGGUGCAUCGACUGCACCCACAUCUACGUGGACAAACCCGCCAAUGCGAACGGGGAGGACUACUGUGAUCGGAAGAGGUGAUUCUCUGUGCAGGCGCAGGUUGUCGUCGACAUGAAUUUGCAUGUGCCGGACGUCU